ACAGCUCUGGCGGGCCGGCACUGCCUGGUUCCCGCUAGCACUAACUGCGCACCGCUCCCGCAGCACCGCACACCGAGGCCGUCCAGGCCGGGCCCAGCCCAGCCCCGGGGCGGUGUGUGCGCGGUGCGGGCCCUCCUUCCUUUCCGCUGGCAGAAACUUUCUCUCUUAAGCGCGGCCAGAGGAGGGAGCCGAUACGAAAGGGGUUCCCAGGGGCUGCGGGCAGCAGCCGCCACGGCCUCUCCUGCACAGUCGGGGAGCCGAGAUGGACUCCAGCGGCGAGACCCACGAGCUGAACGGGCGGGCGGAGGGAGCGGAGCCGGCGGUCGUCGAGCGGUACAGACCAUCACAGUGGUUUCAAAGAAAUGGACCCAUGAAUAUCAACCACUACGCAAACAAGAAGAGUGCUGCAGAGAGCAUGCUGGACAUUGCACUGCUGAUGGCCAAUGCAUCGCAGCUGAAAGCUGUGAUUGAGCAAGGACCUUCUUUUUCAUUCUAUAUUCCACUUAUUGUUCUUAUCAGCCUGUCGCUCACGUUGCAAGUUCUGGUGGGAGUACUCCUGAUAUUCCUUGUAAAAUAUGACCUUAACAACCCUGCAAAACAUGGUAAGCUGGAUUUCCUCAACAACCUUGCAACUGGACUAGUAUUCAUUAUAGUUGUUGUGAAUAUUUUCAUCACGGCCUUUGGAGUGCAGAAGCCAGGUGUGAAGUCAGAGUAAAGGCAGUGAGUGCAAGAGAUCUGAAGCAUUCCUUCUUCCAUAGAUGCCAUUUGCACUUGGGCCAGCUACACUUGGACACAUUAAAAAAAAACAAACGGAAGAAGCCAGACACACAGAGCAGCUUUCUCAUGUUUCCAGCAAGCAACACAUCUGUGUACCUAGAGUUUUCUGAUGUGUUAAUACUUUCAUUCUUUGGCAUCUAAAGAAGGAUUGCUUUUGACCCAAGGACAUUGCUUUUCUGAGGAUUGGCAUUUCAAUUUGUAGAUCGUUUUUCAGAAAAGUGGCAUAAACAGGUAAUAUCAACUGAUGGGACUUCACACAUUUCAGGACUUCCCAUUUCCGUGCCUUUUGCUUUUGCAGUGACUUGACAUUUCUACAGUGGUAAGAAGCUGCAGGCCUCCAGUUCUGGCAUGCACACGUUGUCCUUCAUUUCACUCACUCGGCACGUAUGCUGUCCAUAGCACAGUGGUUUUCCCUUGCACUUUUCAAAGGUAGCUGUGUCUUGUGUUCUUUCCCUCUCCCAGUUCCAUUCUCUAACUAAAGCAACGCUACAGCUAGAAGCAGUAGACUAUCUUCUGGCCCAUUUUUCCUCACAGAUAGUCCUGUGUUCUGUUUCUUCAUCUCUGGACCACAGUUAAUGCCCUCUUCCGUGUGUACAGACACACAAAUAAACUCACUGCUCCAUUACUUACAGCUAUACUCCAUGUUCUACGCAUUAAUCAUAUCUCUGGAAAUUCCAUCAAAAUAGCUAUGUAUUCUGUUUCCAGCUGGAAAACUAGAGGAUACAGGGUAAACUUCAUCUGCUAAUCUGGUGCUGAGAGCCUGCCAGCAGUUCUGGUAGGAAGCUCAUGACUUGCAUUUUCCUCUUUGAGAUAGCAAUUGCUGCAGCUAUGUUACUUUUAAGAGUUUGUGGCUAAAAUAUAUACAUAUAUAUAUAUAUAUAUCUUUCAGGUUAUUACCUGCUGACUCAGGGACUGACACUUUUUCUAAAUACACUAUUGCUAUUAAUGGUGUAUGUUUAAAAAAAUGUGGCAAUUUUUAAGUUUCCAAAGUAUCACAUCCGCAGUCAGAAAGUCCUGCUUUCCUAGAUGAUACUUGCUUGUAGGUGCGGAUUUGUACUAAUACAUUUCCCUACAAUUAAGUUUUAAAUGCUAUCUUGCACAUAUUAAGAGAAGUUUGUCUUCCAUGUAUCUCAUCUCAUUUCUCUUUAGUUAUGUUCCAAGGUCCAUUGAUAUAUCUUCAUUUACAUGCUCUAUAGCAGUUAUUGAUAGGAAACAAAUCAGAAACUUGUCAAUUAGUAAUAACAUAGGCAGCAUACUUUUUGAUUUUUUUGUUGCUUCUAACUUAACAUGUAUUUAACCAGUAUUUGGCAAACAGUGGUUUUAAUCUUGUGCAUUGUACAAAUUCAAGCAUGGCUCAGAAUGAGUACUGAAUGAGGCACUCAGGACAGUUUUGUUUUUCUUUUGUAAUACAAACCAGUGAACUGUUUAUACAUAGUUGUGUUGCAGCAGUGUCAUUACUGUAUUGCAGUGAAUUGACUGGCCAAACAGCAGUGCAAGAAACCUUAAACAUAUUUCCAUCCUGGGAAGAGAUGACUAUAGGCAGUGCCCCAACAUGGAUUUCUGGCACUUAGUUAAUGCUCUAAUAUUCUGAUUUGUCCUUACUACUCUCUAAAGGCAGAUGCAGACAAAGGCUCUACUGAUGCAUAUUCUGUUUAUGUGUGGUGAUGAUAUGGCCUGGUUUUGAAUGGAGCUUUCCAUUCCUGCACCACUUGUUGCCACAAACCUCUCUUAUGAGCACCAAAGCACACGAGAGCAGCCAUGUGGGGCUGCAGUACAGAUGCAUCAGGAAGACAAAGCACACCUUCCUAGCGACGCCUUAGCUCUGCCUUUCACUAGCUCCAAACUUAGAGUUCAUUUCAAAUCUCCUUCAUUUAUUUCAGUGCUUUGUACAUUCUCUCUCAGGUCCUUUACCACUUUAUUUUCCUCAUUAUUGGACCAUAAUAAUCCACGUCAUUCAAGUAAUCAAGCCAUUACAAUAGAUUCCCUCUGAAAAAGUGUAAUAGCUGUUCUUACAGCAACUUACAGCUAAGCUGCCAUCCAACAGAAACCAGCAAGGCUCCCUAUCCCAUCUUCCAGCCACCUGCACCGUAGCAAAGAAAAAAUAACUGUGUGCAGAGCACCAGGCUGUGAAGCAUUCACCACAUGAUGAUAUAUCAACUACUGAUUCCAGCGGACCCUUCCAGGACGUUUUUUCUGGCAUACAGGAAGAAAAGAAAAAUACUUAAUGUUGAACACAAUGCUGAGUGCCAGGGGCUGAACAAGCAGAUCUACAUUAAGGGGGCAAAUGUUUGCUCACUUGGAGUCUGCUGAAACCAGGCUUAGCACAAGAAGUCCUUCAGUCGCCCCGAGCUGCUGGAGGUGCAGCUGCAACAGCAAAACAGGGACAAACUGCAACUUCAGAAGGCCUGACCUCUUCUUCUAAUUCUGACUCAUGAAAGCCUGAUCCUAAGGUCAUCCCCAUCUCUGUUGGACAUUGAUUGACAGUAUUCAGCUUGCAACCAGACGUUUGGGUUUUGUUUGCUUUCUUUUUUUAAAAAAAAAAAAAUUAAAAGGAUGCUGGUUUAUUA